CGAACUCCCCUGGAGCGUGAAGCGUGCUGGUUAACGCUGCCCAGUGCGGAGGGGUCGCCCCAGGUUCCGAACCAGAGGCUCCACUCACUGGCUUCUGACCCUGAGUCACCUAGUUUACCCCGUGGUGUGAAGUUAAGCGGAAGUUAACUCUCCUAUAUUACACAGUACCCAGAGCAUCGCAAACACCAUAGACUUUAGCUAAUUCUGUAUGCUAGGAGCUUGAGCUACCGAAUCUAAUAUAAUGACAAGGCUAGUUUUGUCUUCUUUCUACUAAAGAUGAAAUGAGCCCUGAUGUUCUGUUCUCUAAGCAGGCGCACAGCUGGGAUUUGCACCCCGAGCACUCAGACUGCCUUCCUGCACCAAAUAAUUAGUUGAUUUUGAGGAUUCUUGCACUCCUCUCUAGCUAGUUCCACUCCCUGAGCCUGCGUUUCCUUGUCUGUAAAAUGAGCAUAACAGGAUUCAUCCAUCCAUUGCUGGAAAGGGUUUGUUUUGUGCUGAUAAGGCCCUCUACUAGAUGACAGGGACCCAUACACACUUGUCACUGCUUCCUAUCUGGAGCUUACAAUGUGGCCAAUUUUGUGACGAGUUAAGUACAAGAAUCUGUAUUUCUGAGAGAAUUUUGUGCAAAAGCUUUGUGAAUUGUAGCGCUCUUAGAGUGAGAAGUAGGAGAAAAUGGGAGAAAUAAUAACAACCAUAAAAAGAAAGGGAUUCUAUAAUAGGAAGCUCAAACGUAUGAGGGAGCUAAGAACUCAGAAGCUGAGAUUGAGUGGGUAUAGAUAUAUAAAUUCAUUAAAUUGUGUUCUGCCUGGAACAACAGCUAAAUGUUGUUAAUUUUGAAUUUUCAUCUAAUUUGAAUAUCCCUUGGAAACUUCAGUGGGCAGUAAAAGUUGAGGCAGAGUAGAGCAAGAUUUUUAAAGAGGAAACUGAAGUCAUGGGAUUAUUUUUCAGGCAAAUGAGAUUUUAAGCUGCUUGAGGACAAACAUCUACUUGUGUUUAUAAUUGUAUGUCCUUGCUUCAUUCUACUCUUGCCUUUUCCAUAGUAGGUUAUCAGUAAAUCCUUGUUGAAUUGAAAAAUGAAAGGACCAUUAUCAAGGUAGUUGGAAUCUUCCUGUGCAGCAGAGGGAUUGAAUUUAAGCAAAUCUUUGAGUGAUGAGGAAAACUUAAAACUGUUUGGGAAAUGCAAUAAUCCGAAUGGCCAUGGGCACAAUUAUAAAGUUGAGGUGACAGUAUAUGGAGAGAUUGAUCCUGUUACAGGAAUGGUUAUGAAUUUGACUGACCUCAAAAAAUAUAUGGAGGAGGCUAUCAUGAAGCCCCUUGAUCACAAGAAUCUGGAUCUAGAUGUACCAUAUUUUGCAGAUGUUGUAAGCACGACAGAAAAUGUAGCUGUAUAUAUCUGGGAAAACCUCCAAAAAUUUCUUCCUGUGGGAGUUCUUUAUAAAGUAAAAGUGCAUGAAACUGACAAUAAUAUUGUAGUCUAUAAAGGAGAAUAGUUCUUAGGGAUUAACACUGUAGAAAGACUAAUUUCCUUCCACAUUUAAAAAAGAUCUUUAUCCUCUUGGAAUAUUAAGUAGUCACCACAUAAUUGUUGUAUUACAUUGUGUUCUGAAGUGCCUGAUUUAUUGAAAUCAUUAUAAGACCUGUUGUGAAUUUAAAUCUAAUAAAAUAAAGCUUGUAAUGUAUCCUGAAUAUCAUUUAGAGAGUCCUUUAUCUAUAGAUUAAAAAUCACUUUAUUUUCA